CCCCCUCGCUCCUCUCUCCCCUCUCCCCCUCGCUCCUCUCUGCGCUCCGGCCGCUCUCCAACCCGCUCCAGAGACCGAGGUAGGGUGACCUUCGCUCAGGACUGUUCCAGUGACAACAACACCUCUGAUGUGUCAACACCCGACCCUCAGAACCUCCAGCCCAACCUCCAGCCGUAUGAUGCCCAACUGGGCAGGGGACAGGCACCAUGGACCCCUCCAUUGGGGACAGACCCAGUACAGGCCCCAAAAGCCUGGGCCCCUGAGUGCAGCCAUGCCCAUUGGCCCUCCCUCUCCUCCAGCUUGACUCCAGUACUCCAGCCCCUGGCUUCACCACCUCCCAGAGAUACAGAGCUGGACCUGGAGGCCCGGACCAGCAGACUGCUGAGGCUCACCUCAGACCUAUCAGACGACUCCACUGUCCUCCGGCGGUUCUCUGAAGGGGCCAGUCGAUGCCAGAGUCCAGCCCCACGGAGUGUCUCUUUGGACAGGCUGCUGGAUCACCAGAGCCCCAGGCUUCAGCAGGCCUCCAGGAUACAACAUGGAGGAUCUCCCCAGAGACAGAGCAUGGAGCAGGGCUGUUUGGCUGCUCUUACUCCCCCUGGUCCGGUAGACUACACUGGACAGGCUGCCAGGCCCGGUCUCUACUCUCCCCCUGGUCCGGUCGACUACACUGGACAGGCUGCCGGGCCCGGUCUCUACUCUCCCCCUGGUCCGGUAGACUACACUGGACAGGCUGCCGGGCCCGGUCUCUACUCUCCCCCUGGUCCGGUAGACUACACUGGGCAGGCUGCCGGGUCCGGUCUCUACUCUCCCUCUGGUCCGGUCGACUACACUGGACAGGCUGCCGGGCCCGGUCUCUACUCUCCCCCUGGUCCGGUAGACUACACUGGGCAGGCUGCCAGGCCCGGUCUCUACUCUCCCUCUGGUCCGGUAGACUACACUGGACAGGCUGCCAGGCCCGGUCUCUACUCUCCCUCUGGUCCGGUAGACUACACUGGGCAGGCUGCCAGGCCCGGUCUCUACUCUCCCCCUGGUCCGGUCGACUACACUGGACAGGCUGCCAGGCCCGGUCUCUACUCUCCCCCUGGUCCGGUAAACUACACUGGACAGGCUGCCGGGCCCGGUCUCUACUCUGGUCUUUACAGCCCAUCUCCCCCAGGGUCAGACCUGCAGACAGGCACCAGAUCCAACUCCAUCAUCGCUACACAGAGCUCCAGACUAGGGCUUAGUGACUGCCACUCUGUGCCCAGGACUCUGUCACCUCAGCCUGGGGUGGCAGAGCUCUCCUCCUGCCUGAGAGGACUCCUGGACCUGGUGGAUCAGCAAUGUGCUGGCACACGCUCCCUCCACCUCAACCCCGACUUCCUGGGCCAGGCCUACGACCUGCUCUCUGCCCUGGGAUCACCUCCUGCUACUUCCUGUCUGAGAGAGAGUGAAGAAAACAGAGAAGGACAGAACAGAGGAGGACAAGAACAGAGUGAGAGUCAUGUUGAUGUGACUCCACAGUGCAGUGAGGUAGCUCUCCUGAAGAGGAAGCUGACCGUCACACAACGGCAGCUGGACUCCCUGAAGAAAAGGCUUGUUGAGGCGCUGAAAGAAAACUACAACUUGAGACUAACCAGCCUGAAGCAGGACUCCUCUACCACUGCUGAGACCUACUGUGGCAGGCAUUGGGACAGGUGUCUACAGAGACAGGUGGUAGCUCUGAGAGACCAGGAGACACACCUCAGACAGCUGGAGCAGACCAUUGUGCUUCUACAGGGCAAUCACAGGUCUUUGGUGUCCAAUAAUAACUCUCUGUUGGGACAUCUAAUUGAACACAUAACAGUCCAGAGUCCAGAGAAUCCAGCCAGCAGACUGAUCUAAUGACUUCAACAUCCAACGUCAAUUCAAGCCUUUGUCAAGACUGUACUGCGUUGUAAUGAAUAAAGCCUACUCUGUAAGGUUUGUAGGCUAUGUUUGGCAUACUGUGAAAUUACAUUGAAAAUGUAUUUGUAAUAGACCUGCUUUUUAUUAGCACUCAAAUGUAUUUAUCAAAUAAAAAAAAUGAAUAAUUCACCACAUCAUAAAACACUUUUCUGUAUUGUCAUUUGUGUAAUUAGAUGAUAACAAAGUGAUGUUUUUCCAGUGUAAACAAAGUGAUGUUUUUCCAGUGUAAACAAAGUGAUGUUUUUCC